AUGUUUCCUUCUACAUCUUUAUGAUACAUGUUUUGAAGCACUACUAUACGGCGUCUUGUGGAAUGAAAAACUUUGAGGUGCAAUAUCCAGCGCAAAUCUCCAUAAUAGUAGUAUGGUGGUCCUUUCUUGAAAUUCUAUUUCUACAUUCGAAAGGGCCACAAAGCCCACGCGCAUGCGUACAUUCUAAAUUACGAUUUGCACAACUGUCUAUCAUCAAAGAUGGCGGGAGCCUCCGACCCACUGGAGGACAUGCUCUUCAAUGAGGUAGACGAAAAAGCUGUAAGUGACUUAGUGGGCUCUUUGGAAUCGCAACUUGUCAGCCAAAAGACUUCGCCCGCCACAUAUUCCAAUAUCAAGCGAGAAGGAUCUACGGGGGCUGUCAGCCAGUUCUCAGGGAAACUGCGUGAUCAAGUGGGGUCUCUGGAGCCGCCACAACAAGGACACCCAAAAGCGGUGUUAAACGCGGAACCCAUCGCGAAUCAGGCGAUUUCCAAUAAGAUUAUCACCACUUCUACCUCUUCCAUCACUACUGGGGGUGUUCUACACGCUGGUACCAAUCUACAAACAUAUGGAGCCGCAUCUCAAACCAUUUCCACCGCACCACCAGGAUCAGUAACUUUGUCUGCUCAGCCGACUAGCUUCAACAGAGGGACUGUUUUGGGUCCUGCUGGCACAUCGGUGGUGACUGCUCCCAACCCAAACAUCACAACAACAACAACUAUCAGGACUGCUUCACCUGGUUUACAGAGUUUUAACGGUAGCACUGUAGCUGUGAAGUUGGUCAACUCGCCAGCAGCUUCUGAAGUUGGGUCAGGCAGCAGCACUGUUAUAAGUACUGUCAGUGCGGGCAACUCCAAUAUCAUUGUGUCCAUGACUUCACAGCCUCCUUCUCUGCCAAACUUUCCUGGACCUCAACAAUCUGCAGUGGCUACUACUCCCACUAUUGCAUUGCAAAGACAGCCCAACCUCAUGGCCAUUGCCUCACAGAAUGGAGUAAUAGACCCCAAGGUUUCUGCAGUGGUCACACAGGGUGCAGGUUCCCUAGGGGCCACCACCACUCAGGUCAUGAACCACAGUAACACUCUCAUGCACACUAAAAUGGUGGCACCCAACCAGCCAGUCUCUGCUGGCCAAUCAAUAAUUCUUGGAGGGUCUCCCUCUCCUGUUGUUGUUAACUCACCAAUAAGCCAGGCACAGAGUGUGGGGAGUCCCACUCUCACAGCUGGGGUGAAACCAACGGUUAAUGGAGUUGGUCAACCCACAGUGACCAUCGUGAGGCCGCCCGGUGCUCCUGUGAUGGCCACCUCCGUACAGCAGCAGAGACCUGGGCUGUUGGCAAGUACCACGAGGACUGCUGCACCACAGCUGGCCAUCAGACCACCACAGAAGACCACCAUUCAGUUACCCCCUGGAUUUACCAUACCACCCGGUAUGGUGCUGGUGCGUACGGACACGGGCCAGCUGGUGAUGGUGCCUCAGCAGGUUCUAGCCCAGGCCCAGGCUAAGACCCAACAAGGCCAGGCUGCUGUCUCCAACAUCUCCCCCCAGCCUGGAACCCCCACCGCUGGGGCCACCAGAGUCAGCACUCCCAGCCAGGCCCCUGGUACGCCCCAGGCUGUCCGUCUGGCAUCCCCUUUCCAGGCAAGAAUGGCGCAGUCCCCCUCUCCCUCUAGCCCUGCUAUACAGAAGGCCAUAACCAUGGCUCCUGCGGGUGCGUCUGUGUCAGUGAAGAUGACCACCCCUCAGAAGGCCCAGUCGGUGAUCACGGGGGGCCAGGCCAUGGUCAAGCCUGGUGCUGUACGGCCUACUAUCACCCUGAACACUCCCGCAGCCAGUGCCUCCGCAUCCCCUACCACAGGAACUGCACCAGUCUCCCAGGAAAUGCAAGAGAAUGUGAAGAAGUGCAAGAACUUCCUGUCCACCCUGAUCAAGCUGGCGUCCCACAACUCCCCCUCCCCUGACACAUCCAAGAACGUCAAGACCCUGGUGCAGGAUCUACUGGAUGCUAAAAUCGAGCCUGAGGAGUUCACCACGAGUCUGCAGGCUGAGCUGAAAUCCUCUCCACAGCCGUACCUCAUCCCCUUCCUCAAGAAAAGCCUCCCUGCCCUGCGGCUGUCUCUUCUCAACAACCAGCAGUCUCUUCUGGCCUCCACCUCCGCUUCUGCCCUGGCCAUCCCCUCCACCACCACCAUCAGGGCCCGGCUCCCCACCACCGUCAGCCCCGCCACGGGCAUCGUCAGGACACCUACUACUGCCCUGGGUGUGAGAAGAGCAGGAGUCCAGGGAGUCCAGACCCGCAUGCCCAUGGUCAUCAGUCAGACCAUACGACCACAAGGCGUAGUUACAAGAGGACCCGCUAUUAUCCCAGGCAGAAGUCCUGUGGGCAUUGGUGCCCAGGCCUCUGCCAAUCAGAAGAAGCUGAAUGAGCCUGGAGGUGGGACGUUCAGAGAUGAUGAUGACAUCAACGACGUGGCGUCCAUGGCGGGGGUGAACCUGAACGAGGAAAACGCCCGCAUCAUGGCCACCAACUCUGAGCUGGUGGGCACCAAGAUCCGCUCCUGUAAGGACGAGGCCUUCCUCCCGCCAGGCCUGCUGCACAGACGCAUCAUGGAGACUGCCAAGAGGUUUGGGGUGACCGAGGUCCCAGCUGAGACCGUGAACUACAUCUCCCAUGCUACCCAGGCCAGGCUGAGAUCCAUGCUGGAGAAAGUGUCCACUAUCGCCCAGCACCGCACCGACGGGGGCAAGGAUGAGGAAUGGUAUGAGCCGUCGACAGACGUUAGGGCCCAGCUCCGCUUUUUUGAGCAGCUGGACAGAAUGGAGAAACAGAGGAAGGACGAACAGGAGAGAGAGGUCCUACUCAAGGCUGCCAAGAGUCGCGCCAGACAGGAGGACCCAGAACAAGCUCGGUUGAAGGCGAAAGCUAAGGAGAUGCAGCAGGCAGAGCAGGCCCAGAUCCGUCAGCGUGAAGCCAACCUCACUGCCCUGGCUGCCAUCGGGCCCCGCAAGAAACGCAAGAUGGACUCGCCAGGGAGCUCCACAUCGGGCACAGAGGUUGCUUCGGGUUCAGGGGACGGCUCUUCCACAGCCGUCUCCUCCCGCCAACAGCUCCGUCAGCGGAUCACGCGAGUCAACCUCAGGGACUUUAUCUUCUGCCUGGAGCAGGAGAGGGCCACAUCCAGGUCCUUACUGCUCUAUAAGGCUCUCCUGAAGUAGUGAAGUCCCCCAGGGUUCAGUACUCAGUUAAUUACACAUUCUUACUGUUCUACACAGCUCUCCUGAAGUAAUGGGGGUCCCACAAGGUUCAGUACUCAGCCCAUUACAAAUCCUUACUGUUCUUCACAGCUCUCCUAAAGUAUGGCGUCCUACGGGGUUUAGUAUUCAGCCGGCCCGUUACAAAUCCAUAAGGGUUCUUUACUCGACCCGAUAUAAAUCCCUACUGUUCUACACAGCUCUCCUGAAGUAGGGCGUCCAACAGGGCUCUGUACUAGGCCCAUAACACAUUUGAGAUAAGUAAAGUUUCCCCUUAGCCCCCAUCUCUACACACGCCCUCAUUCCCAUACCACACUAUCAUAUAGCCCCCCCAUCUCUACACACACACACUCAUUCCCAUACCACACUAUCAUAUAGCCCCCCCAUCUCUACACACACACACUCAUUCCCAUACCACACUAUCAUAUAGCCCCCCAUCUCUACACACGCCCUCAUUCCCAUACCACACUAUCAUAUAGCCCCCCCAUCUCUACACACGCCCUCAUUCCCAUACCACACUAUCAUAUAGCCCCCCCAUCUCUACACACGCCCUCAUUCCCAUACCACACUAUCAUAUAGCCCCCCUCUCUACACACGCCCUCAUUCCCAUACCACACUAUCAUAUAGCCCCCCAUCUCUACACACACACACUCAUUCCCAUACCACACUAUCAUAUAGCCCCCCAUCUCUACACACGCCCUCAUUCCCAUACCACACUAUCAUAUAGCCCCCCCCAUCUCUACACACGCCCUCAUUCCCAUACCACACUAUCAUAUAGCCCCCCCAUCUCUACACACACGCCCUCAUUCCCAUACCACACUAUCAUAUAGCCCCCCCAUCUCUACACACACACACUCAUUCCCAUACCACACUAUCAUAUAGCCCCCCCAUCUCUACACACGCCCUCAUUCCCAUACCACACUAUCAUAUAGCCCCCCCCAUCUCUACACACGCCCUCAUUCCCAUACCACACUAUCAUAUAGCCCCCCCAUCUCUACACACACACACACUCAUUCCCAUACCACACUAUCAUAUAGCCCCCCCAUCUCUACACACACACACUCAUUCCCAUACCACACUAUCAUAUAGCCCCCCCAUCUCUACACACGCCCUCAUUCCCAUACCACACUAUCAUAUAGCCCCCCCAUCUCUACACACGCCCUCAUUCCCAUACCACACUAUCAUAUAGCCCCCCCAUCUCUACACACACACCCUCAUUCCCAUACCACACUAUCAUAUAGCCCCCCCAUCUCUACACACGCCCUCAUUCCCAUACCACACUAUCAUAUAGCCCCCCCAUCUCUACACACACACUCAUUCCCAUACCACACUAUCAUAUAGCCCCCCAUCUCUACACACGCCCUCAUUCCCAUACCACACUAUCAUAUAGCCCCCCAUCUCUACACACGCCCUCAUUCCCAUACCACACUAUCAUAUAGCCCCCCCAUCUCUACACACACACCCUCAUUCCCAUACCACACUAUCAUAUAGCCCCCCCAUCUCUACACACACACCCUCAUUCCCAUACCACACUAUCAUAUAGCCCCCCCAUCUCUACACACACACACUCAUUCCCAUAUUACACUAUCAUAUAUCACCCCUCGCAUCUGAUGCUAAGCAACCCCACGCCACCCUAACGUUGCUCCUAGAUCAUACUGCCCCUUAGGACAGGUACACUGCUGGCCACAUCCUUGUUUUUACAUCACGUCUAGUCUCAUUCACUAUCUGUGUGCUUUACAAUGCUGAGAGCCUAGAAGCUGGCAGGCGGCCACUCAACGCUAUUUAGAUUUUUUGACCAUGGCUCCUACUAUGUACCUCAAGAUGCCUUUUGAGUCUCUGUCCCAAUCCAUUGUGUCAUUCUCAAACAACCUACAGUAGUAAUAUUUAUGUCAGGGUCCUUGCUAUUUUAGCCUAAUGGCUCCUCACUAAGGAUGUUACAUCACAUCGUAUAGACUUGGACCAACAGGAUUGUUUGGUCACCGUGGUCAGGAUCUGUGCUCUCCAGGGGCCUUAUUUAUCAACUGGGCGUACAUUUCUUACUAAAUUCUGGCGUAUGUGGAGAUUGUAGGAUUUAUCAAACUGUCGCACGCAACAUAUACCCAUGUUUUUAUUGAUAAAUCAGAACCUAAUUAUAUUUUUGGGCUUGGAACGAGCGCUACAACCUACAGCCUGGAAAACGCCUUUUAUUCACCUUUUAUGCUAACAAAAAUGCCCUAAUUUGCUGUAUGAUUUGGAAAUGUUGGAACUGGGGCAUGUCCAUUUCUAAAAGAAAGCGGAAUAGCAAAUUUGAUUGCAUUUUUGUAGCGGUGUGGGCAGAAUGUUUUAAUCUUUUGCAGAGACUUUCAAAAUAAAAAUGCAUCCUGCCUAUAGCGAUUGUCAAACACUGGUCGCGCAUUCUGCAAGAUUGAUUAUCUAUUGAACAAUUUAAAAGUAAAUGUUGCCUACAGCCGACAUUGUUGUUCAAUAUUUUGUUUAUCAAUGCAUGAUUGUGUUUAUCUCCUGCCUUGGUAUAGGCUCUGAGAUUAAAUAGGCUAUUAUGUCGCGCUUCUAUCACACAGCAAUACUGUACCCUACCCAUACUGUCAUAGGCUACUGGUCUAUUUACUUUUGAGCAUGGUUGGCAAUUGAAUGAGCAAUGAAUAAAUGGUAGGCUAAAAUAUGUUGUGGAGCGGGAAUAAUCCAGUCAUGUCAGAAAAAGAGAGACACACCCUGCAAUAUGAUUGUGAUUUAGGCCUAUAUAAUAAAAGUCAAAUAAAUAUAUUAGGCGACAUGCUGCUAUGCGAUCUUCUUACCAACGGCGAAUGCAUCUGUUUUAUCAUUAGGCCUACGUUUUAAUGUUUUUAUUAGCCUACCAUUAUUAUAAUUCCUGUGCAUCAAACACAUCCAUUUCCCCCAAAAGAACAAUCUUUGCUUGCAAUACAGUUGAUCAACCACUAGAAGUUGUGCGUACGCAUGGUUUGAGAUUUGCGUGGAGAUGCGCACUUUCCCGUCAAGUUCAAAAUUGAUAAAUACCAACCUUUGCGGGAAAACUGGCGCACGCAAGGUUUAGUCUUUUCUGUGUGCACACACCUUUGAUAAAUGAGGCCCCAGGUCAAAACCUACAAACACGGAUCUGCAUUAUGUACAUUUUCCCCCAACAUAUUGAAGAGGAAGGAACCAUUUCAAAAUCAAAGAUAAUGUUUGCAUUUUAUGUACUGGGCAAGUACUGAGUUUUGAAAGAACAACAUAUUGUAACAUGUUUUAAAGGUAGACUCAGCAAUAUGACGGAGAUGCAGAAAGUAAACCGCAUAGUGGGUCAAUUUCCGCAACAACUAAGAGCGUUGAAGCGUGAGGCUCAACUUCUCCACUGUUUUGGUCCCUCGGCUACCACGCUUUGAACAGCGUAAAGCGAACCCGUGCACAUGCGCAGAUACUGUAUGACUGCAUCUCGCUCAUCUCAAUAUCUGCUGCUUGUGGCAACAAACCAUACAGUGAAUGUUGAAGAGAAUCCUAUUGUUUUGAUAGUGGUCAGAUAAAUGGACCAGGAGUAUUGUGAUGCCUUCUAUUAAAACACAACACGUAUACAUACUGUACAUACUAGUUCCAGACCUGGGUCCAAUACUUUCAAAUACUUGAGCUGAGCUCGAUUUAGAUUACCUGGUACAAUAGAACCUAUGGAAUAGUCCCAUUAAAUGCAAACACCAAGCUAAAUCAAGCCCACCUUAAUAACUAAAGUAUUUGACCCAGGUUUGGCUAGUAUACAUGGUACUUUAGGGUUCAUAUUACGGUAUUACUGAGCAGAAUGUCUGGUAGUUAUUAUGGCAGAAUAGUGAAACAUCUUAAGAUUUCUUUGUUUCAUUUUUUUUAUGUGUAAAAAAAAAAAAAAAUCUGUGUGCCAACUCUGUUGAUAUUCUAUUCUAUGGUUCAUGCAUAAACUAAUCUCUCCUAUUGUAGACGUGAAUCUAGAUUAAUUACCAGUAGCCAUUUAAAGAUAUAAGUAUCAUUAUUCAGAUUCAACCUCAUCACAGAACACAGGGAGCUGGCUCUCUUAUGCACUCACUCAGGCUAAUCAACAAUGUUAAUGAAAUGAAGAUGACAACUAACAAUGCGGUCAUGAUAUUGAGCACCAUUCCUAUAUAGUUUUCUUCUCAAGACCUUAAAUUCCAUCCGGGACUUUCUAUUCACAUAAAAAGUCCAUCACUUGCAGAAGUUGCAGCACCGCUCAACAAGAUCUAUUGAGUGAUUGACUAUUUUAAUUCUGAUGAUCAACAUCAAAAUGUCAAUCUGUUGCGGUGAUCUGUCAAGUAUUUUUUAUAAUGCUAAUGGGAUACUACUGCUUCCUUAUUUUUUGGGGGUCGAAAGCCCAUUUUUUCAGUUUCACUUGUCCAUUAAAGGUUUUUAAUGCUUUAAAUGUAUUUUUUACUGUAACAUGCAUUUGUUUUCUAUAGUGCAUAGUUCUAAUUGAUAAAUGACAUAAAGCUGUGGUGUAUGUAUAUUCAAGUUUAGAGUCUGGGUCUUAAGCACCCAGCUACUGGAUCAUGUGUUGAAGGACACAUUUCUGUGACUAUUUAUAUUUCCUACUGUCUGUGCAUUCAAACCUGACGCAUUUCAGGUGAUGCAAUUUUAGUAUUGUUUGUACCUUUGCAAAAAAACAAUAAUAAAGAAAGUGAUUGAAAAGCA